UAUUCCCCAGUUACCCCAUUUCUCCCAUCUUUCUUAAGAUCCUCCAUUUCCUUUCUACUUUCCAAAAAAAAUUGUGCGUAUUCUCCUUUAAGGGGUUGGGCAUCUCGCCUGCCCUCUUUAGAGUCACCGAAGUUUCCAAAGAGCCUCCCCUGUCUGGGCAGGACACACCUUUCAAGUAAGACCACCGGAACUGUGCUCUUCACAUCCCAAAGGCUGUUUCCCGAGUCCUCCCUGGCCUUUCUCCCAACCUCUAGGAUUUAGCCUCUCCCCAGAGAGUGAGCAUCUUUGAGAACUCCCACCCUUAGCUGCUCCACUCCCGGAUGGAGUCAGGGAAAUGUGGUGGGGGGGCCGGGGCCAGAGUUUCAACAUUGCCCCCCAGAAGGAGGAGCCAGAGAUGGGGCUCUCUGGACCCAAGUCUGGCGGAGGCAACAAGAUGCCGGAGCCCAGCAGUCAUCAGCUUGGCGGUUGCCUGGCCUCUGGGUGUCUCCCAGGGGAGAAGAUCCUAGCAUGGGCACCAGGGCUGAGGAAGGGGCAAGAACUGGAACUGCCUGGAACUCUGAUCUGCACUAACUUUAGGGUCACUUUCCAACCUUGUGGAUGGCAGCGAAAUCAGGACACUCCCCUGAGCAGUGAAUAUGAUUUUGCCCUGGUCAACAUUGGGCGAUUAGAGGCUGUGAGUGGCUUGUCAAGAGUGCAGCUCCUCCGUCCGGGGUCCCAGCUUAAGUUCAUCCCAGAGGAGAUUCUCAUUCAUGGCAGAGACUUCCGUCUACUUCGAGUUGGUUUUGAGGUUGGAGGACUAGAACCUCAGGCCUUUCAGGUAACCACGGCCAUUGUUCAGGCCCGAGCUCUGAGUAGUCAAACCCAGCACUACAGAGGAACAACCCUGAGCAAAGCUGACAAGGUUUCUGGCUCCAGAAAACCACCUAUUCCUCUCUUAGAGACUUUAGAAGACUGGGAAGCUGAGCGGAAUAAGCAGGGGGCCAGAGGCUGGAGGGUUAGCACAGUCAAUGAGAGGUUCGACAUGGCUACCAGCCUCUCAGGUUACUUCUGGGUCCCUAAUCGAAUUCUGGACAGUGAGGUCAGAAGAGCAUUUGCCCACUUCCAGCAGGGCCGUGGACCGCGCUUGUCCUGGCACCACCCCAGCGGCAGUGACCUUCUCCGAUGUGGAGGCUUCUAUGUAGCCAGUGACCCUAACAAAGAAGAUAUCAGAGCAGUGGAGUCCAUGCUACAGGCUGGGCACCCUGAUGUUGUCUUGGUAGAUUCUAUGGACGAGAUGCCUAGUCUUGCUGACAUCCAGCUUGCCCACGUGAAGCUGAGGGCCCUUUGCCUGCCUGAUUCUUCUGUAGCUGAAGAUAAGUGGCUCUCAGCCUUGGAAGGAACACGAUGGUUGGACUAUGUCAGGUCUUGUCUUCGCAAGGCCAGUGACAUCUCAGUAUUAGUGACAUCUCGGGUCCGUUCUGUAGUACUUCAAGAACGUGGGGACCGUGAUUUCAAUGGCCUCCUCUCUUCACUCGUCCAGCUGCUUUUGGCCCCUGAAGCCCGAACAUUGUUUGGUUUCCAGUCACUAGUGCAACGAGAGUGGGUGGCAGCUGGACACCCUUUCCUGACCAGGCUUGGGGAAACUGGGAGCAGUGAGGAGGCCCCAGUGUUUCCUCUCUUCCUUGACUGUGCCUGGCAGCUCCUCCAGCAGUUUCCAGCUGAAUUUGAGUUCUCUGAGUUUUUCCUUCUUGCUCUGCAUGACAGCAUCUGGGUUCCUGACACCCUCACCUUCCUGAAAGACACUCCCUGGGAGCGUGGGAAGAAGAGUGGGCAGUUCAACUCCUUCACACAAGUUCACCCCCCUGAGUACUCCCAGCCCCUAGCUGGGAGCUCUGCUAAUCUACAUCUGUCUGUCUGGGACUGGGAUUUACGCUACAGCAAGGAACAGAUAUCACAAUUCCUUAAUCCUGGAUACAAUCCGGAGCACUGCCCAGAUUCCUGGCUCCCCAGACAACAGAAAAGCUUCAUGGUUCCUGGACCCCUCAGUUCUGUGUGGCUGUUCUCUAGAGGGGCCCUGACACCCCUAAAUCAGCUCUGUCCUUGGCAAGACAGUCCCUCCUUGCUGGCAGUCUCUUCUCAUUGGCUCCCUCGACCUGCUAGAGCCUCCGAAAGCCUAGCUGAUCAAGAAUGGGGGCUCCCCUCACACUGGGGAGCUUGCCCUUUACCUCCUGGGCUACUGCUGCCUGGGUAUCUGGGACCUCAGAUCAGAUUCUGGAAACGUUGUUACCUGAGGGGAAGGCCUGAGGUCCAGAUGGGCUCCUCAGCAGUUACAGUCUCUGGCCUCCAGGACGAGCUCUCUUGUCUCCAGGAACUAUUAAGAAAGUUGACACCAAGAGUAUCUCCCGAGGAUCACUGCAAGAAAAGAGAUCCAAAUACCAUGCUCUCUCAGAUCCGUUGAAACUGCUAGCAUUCUGGAAGGCAGGGCAGAAGGGAUGGAGGGGCGGUUCUGCGAAGCUUUCUUUGUAUCUGACUUUGGUGCUCAGUUUUCACAUCCCAGCCCAUAAAGGAGCUCACUCCCUGCGUGAGUCUCUGUAGCAGAGGCGGGCGCUUCCAACCUCCAGCUCCCUCCAGCUCCCCUGUCUAGUUUGGUUACUAGAGCUAUUUUUGUUUCUCUUGAUUUGAAGAAUAAGAAAUAAAACCAGUUCAGAAUGUGUUUGCCGUCCCCCGCCCCGCCCUCGAGGCAAUACCAUACCUUUUAGAUCACAGUCCCAAGGUGUCCUAGAGACCUCAUUCUCAAGCCUCACCACGGCUUUGAAACCCGGUCUUUUAGUCUUCUACGGAACGAGGUGAAUAAGGGAGACACCCUCCCCUCCCACUGUGUAUUUUUGUAGUGGUAUUUCUAUUUAAGGAGUUCAUUAAAGUACAGUAUUUCUACGCA